GCGAUGCGCCCGGCGCUGCUGCUGCGGCUCCUGCUCUGGGGGUCGCUGCUGUGGGGGCGGUUCCGGCCGGUGCGCGGUCUCCGGCACAGCGUCUACUGGAACUCGAGCAACCCCAGGUUCCUGCAUGAAGACUAUGCUGUCCAGGUCUCCAUCAACGACUACCUGGACAUCUACUGCCCACACUACGAGCACCCAGUGCCUAUGGGCCGGGCUGAGACCUUCAGCCUGCACAUGGUGGACACCGAGGGCUACCGGGGCUGCUACGAGACACCUGGUGCCUUCAAGGUCUGGGAGUGCAACCGGCCCCAUGCACCCUUCGGGCCCGUCCGCUUCUCCGAGAAGAUUCAGCGCUUCACGCCCUUCUCGCUGGGCUUCGAGUUCCAGCCGGGGGAGACCUACUACUACAUCUCUGUUCCCAGCCCCGAGAGCCCCGGCCGGUGCCUGAGGCUGCGAGUGGCUGUCUGCUGCAAGGCAACAACAACAAAGCCUGUGACAGAAGUUCCCAAAUCUCAGCCCCGUGGGAGAGGGGAGUCGGAGGACACCGAGUCACCAGGUCACAGCACCGCGCUGGCCACGCUCCGGCCCCACGGCCCCUGCCUCAGCCUCGCCCUCAUCCCCCUCCCCAUCCUGUGGCUCUGACUCCCCCCACUCUCUUGGGGGGUCUCCUUGCUGCAAAGUUGGGGAUUUUUGGACUUUGUCCCCCCCAAACACUCCAAGCAGCCGACCCCACGGUGUGGGUUGUGGGGCAGGCGCCUUCGCCCAGCUCGCUCUACCUGCUGGUCCCCAGAGCGCCCAGGCCCAGGAUGUGCCAGUCCCAGAGACGUCCCGUGCCGGCGUUCAGCUGGAGGAGGAGAGGCUGGCUGGGUGGACCCUUCUCUGUCGCCCCCGCUGCUGCCAGCCAGACGCCUGCCUCCAUCCUGACCUCAUUGGCACCUUGUGGUCAUGGCUCUGUGCACCUGGGGAAAGGGCCUUUGGUUAUGGACGACUCCCAGAGAAUCCAGCGGGAGGGAGCCCCCCUUCCGCUGGCAGGGCUGGACUCUCUCCCCGGGAGCCCCAGCACACCUCGGCCCCUGGUGCUGGGCGCCCUCUUGGUAAAGCCCCUCGCUCUGGCGAGGCUGAUCUGUCUUCCAUGAAGACGCCCCUCUGGGCUGUGUACAGUUCGUAUUUUUGUAUCUGUGUU